GUUCUUCUAAGAAUGCUUCCAGACUAUCAUCAUCAUGUGAAGUCAUAUGAGAACACACUAAUCACAAAAUUCUUUGGUCUUCACAGGAUUAAACCUUCAAGUGGGCAAAAGUUCCGCUUUGUUGUAAUGGGAAAUAUGUUUUGCACAGAAUUGAGGAUCCAUCGGAGAUUUGAUUUAAAAGGAUCAUCCCUCGGACGCUCGUCAGACAAGGUAGAAAUUGAUGAGAGUACUACUCUUAAAGAUUUGGAUCUGAGCUACUGCUUUUACUUGGAACCAUCUUGGCGAGAGUCUUUGUUAACGCAGAUUGAAACAGACAGUAAGUUUUUGGAAGCACAACACAUUAUGGAUUACAGCCUUCUUCUUGGUGUACACUAUCGAGCUCCCCAACACCUGCGUUCUCUCCUGUCCCACAACCAAAGUGUCAAUACAGAUGGAUUAGCAAUGCUUGCUGAGGAAGACCCACUAGAGGAUGAAGUAUCCAACUACCCAGAAGGCCUUGUUCUGGUCCCUCGGGGAGCCGAUGAUAGUAGUGUUGUCGUGGGCCCUCACAAGGGUAGCCGUUUGCGAGCUUCAGCUGCUGGUGAUGAAGAAGUGGAUCUCCUUCUACCUGGUACAGCAAGACUUCAAAUCCAGCUAGGUGUCAACAUGCCUGCGAGGGCAGAGCUGAUUCCAGGAAAACAGGAGAAACAAAUGUUCCAUGAGGCAUAUGACGUUGUUCUGUACCUAGGCAUCAUCGACAUAUUGCAAGAUUACAAUAUGACUAAGAAGAUUGAACAUGCGUAUAAAUCUCUCCAGUUUGAUUCAUUGUCGAUCUCAGCUGUGGACCCUACUUUCUACUCACGUCGCUUCUUGGAAUUUAUUCAGAAAGUGUUCCCACCAAAUGCAAUGACGGGUUAAAGUUGAGGUUAAAUUCAACUGAUGGACUUUGCUAGGCAUUUGCCCCCCUUUUGGGCACGCUCUUGGAUGUCUCUAGUAAGUGGCUGCUGGGCCACGGACACCUUGGUGAUUGUGUUAGUGAGAAGAAAAUUUAUCAGAUAUUGUAAGUAUUGGGGUAGAUGACCCUAACAAUUGGGUGGGUCUAAUUUUAUCUUCUUUAGUUUGUAAAGAUUCAUGGCCUGAUUUCGCCCUUUGUCCUUUAUCUUCCCGCGCACUCAAAGUUUUUUUUUUUUUUAAAUAAUAUAUAGUUGGCUUUUUAUUUGUGUA